CUCUAUGCCAGUCACCGGCGGCGAGGCUCGAGCCGUGGGAAGGAACUCGAACCCCGCUCCUGGCCGCAGCGGUGGUCCGGGCACGCGUGGAGAGCCCGCGGCUGCGGUGCUGCCAACUCAGCCGAAUCAGCGACUGAGUCGUGGACCACACGAGCUUGCUGUGGGGUUCCUUGGCGACUGCUGCUGGCGACUCAUCGCUACCGAGGACAUUGACGAUGAUGAUGAUGCUGACUUAAGAUCGAUCCACGCACCUCCCUGGCAGCUCCGAUCAGCACGGUUGGCUUCGUACGGUGCGAAAGAAGUUCAGCGGACAGUAGACCACACAUAGCGGUCAAUCGCAAGGCGGCGCGCGGUGGGAUCAAACGCCGUGCCCCCCCCCCACCAGUCGUUCUCAAAAGUCGAAGAGUAGGCCAAGAGCCGAACAGCUACCGCAAGUGGAGCCUCCUCCUCUGCGGCAGCAGUGGGCGUGAGGGGGGCUUUUGCGGUGCUGCGCCUUUGCCCGUUUCUCCACACCCACAACCAACCAGCACCACCACCCCACACCUCCCUACGGCCACAGGACGCACGGACCGAGUUGGUGGUGGCGGCGGUGGUGGCGGCAACUCCCAAGAGGUCGAAUGGGCGACAGCGGCGGUGGGGUCGAUGCCGUGGCGGUUCCUGCCAAGCGCGGCUCGCGACAAGAGGAGAGCGGCGAGCGGUCCCAGGAUGACGUGAGCGGCUCCGGAGAUGAGAAUGCGGAGCGCGGCAACUGGACGUCAAAGAGCGAGUACAUGCUCUCCAUGAUCGGCAACGCCGUGGGGCUGGGAAACCUGUGGAGGUUCCCCUACCUGGCCUACAAGAAUGGCGGCGGAGCCUUCCUCAUUCCCUACAUCAUCAUGCUGGCCUUUGUGGGGCUCCCGCUCUUCUUCCUCGAGUGCUCCAUUGGCCAGUUCGCCAGCCUGGGUCCCAUCACCAUAUGGAAGGUCGUCCCUAUCCUCAAAGGCUUGGGCUGGAUGAUGGUGAUAACGUCCUCCCUCAUCGCACUCUACUACAACUCCAUCAUCGCCUAUGGCCUCUUCUACCUGUUUGCGAGCUUCACGUCCGAGCUGCCGUGGUCAUCCUGCAAGGAGUGGUGGGGAGCUGACGAAAACUGCUUCGACCGCUCAGUUUGCAACAGCUCCCUGGCAGAGGCAAACUGUUCCAGCGUCAAUUCCAGCAAGCAGACGCCCAGCGAGCAGUACUGGAACAAGUACGCUCUGCGGCGGUCGGAAUCCAUGGACGAAACAGGGGACGUCGUGUGGCACCUCGCGCUCACCCUGCUGCUGUCCUGGAUCGUCACGUGCGCGGCACUCGUCAAGGGAAUCAAGUCGUCUGGCAAGGUGGUGUACUUCACGGCCAUCUUCCCAUACGUGGUGCUCAUCAUUCUGUUGAUCCGCGGGGCAACGCUGCCGGGAGCCAUCCUGGGCAUCGAGUACUACAUCGGACGCCAGUCCAACUUCACGAAGCUGCAAUCUGCCGAGGUGUGGAAGGACGCAGCCACCCAGAUCGUCUUCUCCCUGGCCACGGCCUCCGGCUGCCUCAUCGCUCUCACCUCCUACAACAAGUUCCACAACAACUGCUUCAAGGACGCUCUCGUCGUCACCAUCACCAACUGCUCCACCAGCGUCUUCGCCGGCUUUGUGAUCUUCAGUGUUCUUGGGCACAUGGCUUACACCACCGGGCAGCCGGUUUCAGAGGUGGCCGAUGCCGGAUUUGGACUGGCGUUUGUGGCCUACCCUGAAGCGCUGGCACAACUGCCAAUCUCUCCCCUUUGGUCAAUCCUCUUCUUCCUCAUGUUCCUCACGCUGGGCCUCGACAGCCAGUUUGCCACUAUAGAGACGGUGACCACGGGAUUGGUGGACGAGUUCCCCAACUUCUUCCGCAAGCGCCGCCUCCCGCUACUCUUCUCGGUGUGCGUGUUGCUGUUCCUGCUCGGGCUGACAACCACAACUCAGACUGGGAUCUACUGGGUGAAUCUGGUUGACCAUUUCUGCGGUGGGUGGGGACUUUUGGUGGCUGCUGCGCUAGAGCUGAUUGGAAUCAACUGGAUAUAUGGUGGAAACCGUUUCAUCCGCGACAUUGAGAUGAUGAUUGGGAAGAAGUCACAGCUUUUCUGGAUUUGGUGGCGUGCGUGUUGGUUCGUGAUCUCACCCCUACUCCUCAUCGCCAUCUUCCUGUGGUCAAUCAUCACAUUUCAAGCACCAACAUACGGAGACGUGGUCUACCCCAUGUGGGCCAUUGCACUUGGCUGGUGCAUGAUCAUCUUCAGUCUCAUCUGGAUCCCUAUCAUUGGCGUGUGGAAGAUCAUCAAGGCGGAAGGUGGCACCAUCUGGGAGCGCUUCCAGGCCGUCUGCAGGCCCGAGGCCGACUGGGGCCCCUACCUUGCCCAGCACCGCACGGGACGAUACGCGCAUCUUGCGAGCUCCCAGGGCCCGCCCGACAAAGAGACCACGAACGGCUGCUCAACGGGAUCGAGCCACCCAGGCUCCGAUGCAGAGAGCCAGAAAGAAGUUCGCUACACCACGGCACUAUAGACCACACGCUACACACAAAGACAGAGAUAAGCUCCGUUACAACACAGCACUGCAGACGACACGCUUACACACAAAGCCAGAGAUAAGCUCCGUUACAACACAGCACUGCAGACCACACGCUACACACAAAGCCAGAGAUAAGCUCGCUACAACACGGGACUGUGGACCACUCAUGACUCACAAAGUUGACGAUCAGCAAAGUUGCACAUUAAUGACAAACAGAAAAAAAUGACCUCAUUUGCUUGCACUGUUUUGUAUUCUAUUUUUGGUUGGGGGUAAUUUAAUAAACAUUCAGGAACCAGAGUAUUUGAUUCCACUGUUAAGCGACCGCCUGUCCCUCGUCCCUCCACGGAGAGACGUCUCCAGCCGGCCUCGUCAUUCGGUGCGGAGUCUCGCCUCUAUGUCGCUAGGGUUGCCGCGAUAUAUUAUAUACGAUAUAAAUAUAUUAUAUAUAUUAUUGGUUCUUUCGGUAAAGUCACGUAGAAGGGAAAUAAUAAAAUUAUAAAAAUAAAACAUAAUAAAAUAAUUCUCACGACGUUUCGGCCACAACGCAAGCAGCCGUCAUCAGGUGAAGAACAGGUCUGUCGGAAAGACAGCGUCUGAAUGAGUGUCUGAAUGAAAUUAUUUCCCUUCUACGUGACUUUACCGAAAGAACCAAGAAGAUGAAUCCCUGCAGUCACGAAAGCUUUAAAUCAAAACGUAUGCACUGUUUAUUCAUAUCAGAAGCAAAGUACGAAAGCAAUGCCAUAAAAGUUUAGAAAAAAAUGAUACCGCGAUUGUCGUCGAAGUGUGAAAUUUUAUAUCGCGGCAGCCCUACAUCUAGACCAGGGGUCGACAAACUGCGGCUCUUGAAAGGACUGCUUGGUGACAGUUAUUUAUUAAGGACCCACCGUUCCGUAUUCACCACAGUGCAUUGCGGCUCCUGAAAUAUAAAGUUUUUUUUUUAAACCGAAUUCGUAAAAAACGGCUCUUCUUGUUAUUUUGGUUUCUGAGCCCUGGUCUAGACGACACACGUUGGCCCUGAGAAAAUAUGACCGGCGUCAUUGCUGCCUUUGCCGUGGGGUGUGCUCAGCACAGGGCUCUGGAGGUUUGGGAUGAUGCACGCGUCUCCCGACAAUGAUCCUCUCUCAAGACAGCGGCGGAACCCCGUGGCUCAGGCCAAGCUGCAGGGAUUGCAUCGGACCGUUCAUGGGUUGCUUGAAUGUCUCCACAUAAAAAAAGUAUUUUCUACAUCAACUCCCAUCGGGGCCUCACAGCCUUCUGGCAGUGCAUAAAAGUAGCAAGCAUUGCUUCAAGAGACGUCAACUCUGGACCGGUUUAGAUAUAGUGUCUCAUCGGCAGAUUCAGGCUUGCUCGAAUUAAACCGGUCCACAGUUUGUUUGUUU